CUCUCAUUUGUUGAUAUAAGCUCCAUGGCAAGGUUUCAAAGAUGUAGGUGAUCGAGGCAAAAGGAGUUUUUCCAGGAUCUUUGUGAUCACUGAGUCACAGAUAGAUCAGGAACCAUGACCAAGAACCUUUUCACCGUUCUUGGUCUCAAGCCAGGAGCAACGGAGGAUGAGAUCAAAAAGUCCUACCGAAACCUGGCUCGGAAAUUUCACCCUGACAAAAACAAGGAACCUGGUGCUGAAGAAAAGUUCAAGGAAAUCUCUGCGGCAUACGAUUAUCUAAAAAGUGCUGAUCGACGAGAAAUGCAUGAAAGAGAGGUUAACAAACCAAAAGAGGAACCGAAAAAAACUUUUACUAAAACAAAACCAAGUGGUAGUUAUAGCACAACGUUUUCUUAUAGUACUGGGAGUGAUGAUGGUAAGGGAUAUAGUGGUGCAUAUUCUAAACCUUCAGGUCGGACAUUUACAUCACCAGAAGAGGAUUUCAAUUUCACAUUUUUUUCAUCCGGCAAAGGGGCAAGAAAUUCCAACAACAAAAGUAAAAAGAAAAAAACAAAGAGUAAACCACAGAAACCUUGGAGUCAGGACUGGAACGCUCCGGAUGAAGACCUUUUCGGAGAUUUUGAGGCUGGCUUUCCAGGAUUUGGUUCAAAAUCUGGAAUGUUUUCCUUCGCUUUUAAAUCAUUUGUAGAUGAUCUAGAUGCCCAUUUCUCAAUGUUUUGCUCGAAAAGUCCAUUUGAAUUUUCAUCUUUUCAUGGUGGAAUGGAUGAGUUUGAUGACAUCUUUACAGGAAAAGCAAACAAACAGCAUAAAAAAUCACACAAUGUUAAGAAAGAGAAGAAAGAGAAGCGAAACACUGCUCCUGAACACGGUUACAGUGGUGGAUUGAACCAAGAAUAUAUGUUUUCCCCGGGACAAACACAACACGCUGAACUAUCAUCAGACGAGGAUGAUGAACCAGGAUUUAGAUUCAGUUCGGAUUCAGAAGAAGAUGAUGGCUAUGCGGAACCAAGAUUCAGAUGUUCAUUUUGUGGGAAGCGUUUGACACUUGAGGCAUUAAAUACUCACGAACCAGCGUGUGAGCGCCGACAGAGACACAGCCAGUUUGAUGAUAGUGAUCCCUUCGGGGCUCAUUAUCCAAAGCCAAAAGGUGAACAUUGGCGUGAUACACAUGAAAAUUUACUGAAGAACAUUCGUCGAGCCAGACGAGCAGCAAAAAUGACAAGAGAUGACAGUGAUCUCGGUCCUGUGGAGUGUAGAUAUUGUGGACGGUCAUUCAGUAAGUCAGCAGCUGACCAUCACAUCCCUUUCUGUGAGAAGUGGACAAAGGAUCAUGGAACACCCCUCAAUCCCCAGAACAGAUCGAGUGGCAGGGGUACAAACAGUAAACAGGAACGUGCUAAAGAGUAUUCCCGUUCCGUCCCCAAACCAAAAUGUCGAACCGAUACACAAUACACAGGUGCUUCACCCCGAUCUGACUGGAGCAAGACUAGCUUUCCAGAUGUUAAUACAGGACAAAGGAGAGAGACCAUGGAUGAGCCAUAUGUCUUCAGCGGUACAGGACUGAGCUCGCCACGCUCGAAUAAACCACCUCACCAAGCAAGGACGAGGACACCAAAAUUCCAUGCCACCUCUCCUAAGGAAGAUAUAAAGUUCCCUGAUCCUAAAGGACCUACCAGUUAUACUCGAGUGCACAUGGAACGCAAGCCAGCAACCAACGUUCGAUUUUCGACGUGAUAGUCUCUGGAGUAUCGAUAAUCUAGACAUUUGUCCUGUUGGAUAUUUCCGGACUUUGGAAAGUUAUGUCACCUAGAGAAUACACCUUGAUAUUGUUAUAUUUGUCUCCUUGGAAACAAACUGUUGACAUGGAAACAGUAUUUAUUGCUUCAUUAACUUAUUAUAUAAAAAUCUGCUUUAUUAUUGCAGCAAUUUCCGAUAACAUUUCAAUGUUUACAUUGAAACCUUUAAUAUGUCAUGGCUGUCUUCUCUGUACUCUCCGACGCCAUCACAAGUUAACAAGUUGUGCUGUAAAACAUUUUUUUCUUUAUGAUGUUUUGUGAUAAUAUUAAAUUCAUACAUUUUUAGAGAAAAA